GGGGCGCUAGGUUGGACUUUCGCCGGAGACAUCAACUAGACCGUGUCGAUAUAAGUUCGGACUGACUUCUGUCUCGAUUGCACGUACCGAUAUGCUGUGACAGAAAGUCGUCGUAAGACUCUUUGCAUGCCAUUGAUCGCGGGCGUUGAAUUAUCGCUGGAUAAUUUGAAAUUCGGGAUUAUGCUUGGUGGUUUUGAUGUUAUUACAUUCAGCCAGGCAAUCAUACCAUCGUAAUUCAUUUUUCCACUGUAGGACCUGAACGUUUUGGAGAAAAAAAAAAACAAAAACAGGAGCAUGGUAAACGAUUUACAGCUGAAUCUAUAUAAAGCGGGCAUCUCACACAUCAUCAAUACAAUUGUAGUCCUGCGUUUAUAAUGCUCGUAUCCGCCCUGUUUGCUGUCGAUAUUAAGCGAUGACCGCCUAUCAAAGGAGCCUCGCAGGGACGACCGGCGGAGGUCUGGCCGGUGUGACGGAUCUUGCGCCGGCUGAGGACACGGAGCAACCGAUCUGCGAGUUUUUUUUUAACCUAACCUCACCGGAGGAGGUGGAGUAUUUCACCUACAGCCAGGGAGACGUCCUGUACUUGACAGUGUUCCUCCCCAUCAUACUGGUAGUAGGUGUCCUGGACAACGCUGCCUUCAUGUACGUUGUGCUCCGGCUCCCCCGCAUGCGGACCGUGACCAACUGCUACCUGGUGGGUCUGUCCGUGGCCGACAUUAUUUUCCUGGUCUUCGCCAUCGGGAGUAAGCUCUUGUGUUACGUCAAGUCGCCUAUCUCCGGGGACGACAACCCGCUGGGUCUCGCAGGCUGCCAGCUCAACCAGUUCAUGGUUAACACCUCCUAUUUUGCCUCCCUGUGCUUCAUCACCCUGGUGUCGUGGGAGAGGUUCAACGGCGUGUGCCGGCCCCACCGACGGCGGGACACAAAGGUAAGGGUUGCCGCUAACGUGGCCGCCUCCACGGUGUUGUCCGGUAUCGUGUCCGCCUCGCUGCUGUUCAGCUUUGAUAGUGUGACGAUCGAGUGUAUCGACUGGCCCUCGAGUCCCCUAUACGCCAGGUGGCCCGAUGAGCGAUUGCUCUGUAUUUCGGCAAAUGACUGGGCCGAUAAGUACUCCUUCGCGGCCCAAACGGCCCCGUUCUUCAUCUCCCUUGUUGCCAACACGCUGCUUUACUUUAAAAUCAUCCAGGGCUUGGACCAGUCCCUCCGACGGACGCAGCAAUCCAACCACCGGAAGAGUAGAGACGCUUCCACGCGCAACCAGGUGGCUCGGAUGCUGGUCAUCAACGGCGUGGCGCUCUUUGCCCUGCUGGCCCCCUUCGAGAUCAUGUCCCUCUUCCGCCUGAUCGCAAUGUUCCGUGACGAUCAGUUUAUCCUCCCGUACGAUGUGCGGCAGAGCCUGACCUACGUCGCCCGGGUGGCCUCCUACUUCAACUCUAUCGUCAACCCCGUCAUUUACACGGUGCUGAGCAGCCGGUACCGGGAGGCCUUCCAGAUUGCCUUCCUGCCUGCCAGGUGCCGCCCGAGGCACAAGGCCAGCGACAACUCCCACCCGGGCAGCACUGGACGCAGUGGGACUAUGACGACGAAAGCCGAAUCCCGCAUGUGAACCACGCUGGCGGCGGUCGAUGGCACGUUGAACGUCACUCAACUCUCCUGACGUGCUGUCAUUCGUGUUGGUAACGUUAAGUUAGACGCUUUCUUGUACCUUUAAAACAUCCUUCAACUUCUUGCCUUUAAAUGAAGUACGUGUGUAUAACCCAGUACGAUAAUGUACCGUAAAGUGUAAUCGUGGUAGCAAAACUGUGGUAAUUUCUAGCUUACACAUUAUGCAGUUGUCUAUUUAAAUUGGUUUUUAAGAUUAUUUUUAUGGAAACAAUUAAUUUUUUCCUAACUGACUUGACUUCCUUAUUAGAGUUCCUCUGUAGUCUGUUGUCAGCAAUGUAACCUAAGGAGCACCUUUCAAUUGUCUUGUACCAAACGCCAAUCUGGGCGGAUCAACACAAACUUGUCACGAAAACUGUACAAAUGUAAACGAGAUCUAACAAAAUCUGGCGCGAAUUCCGAGCACGCAAUUUAUUAAUAUUUCCCGGUAAUUUGGAAGGAACGUACGAACCAAUAAUUGUCCCGAUAAAAAUCCUGAAAUUUUCCUAGCACCCAUUUCGAAAUCCAAAACAAACAAUAUCUGGUACACGGGGAAGCUACCCUGAGACCGCCAGUUUAGAAUAUUAUAAUUAAAUUCAUUCAGUAAAAAAAAAAAAAGAAGUCAGUCAAUCGUGGUAUUCGAUUUUAAACCUGUGAAAUUCAAUUCACGGCUUCAAUGAGAGUGGCACCGGCUGUUAUUCUGAUUUAAAGAAAAACACAGGUGGUUUGUUGUCAUAUAGAAAUAAAUGCUGCACAAACGUAUACAUUAUCAUUCAGAAUAAGAACGUCCUUGUAUCAGUCUAGCCAUCCUUCACUUCUACUCAGCUUUUGCCACUUGAGAAGAGAACAUCAAGUGAUCGUCCAUUAGCAAAAGGACGAGUGAAAUCCUUCAUCGAUUACCGUCUCAUUUUAGCAGCGGCGAUACAACUGUCGUCUCUCUUACCUUGGUGCACUACGUAUACCGUCGCGUCUACGGCACAAUGUUACCCGACUGUGGCAAUAUUAAACGCCAAUGAUAAACCACCUUAGUUCGCUCACCCGAACCCCCAUACACGGUUGACAGACGCUUUUUCUCCAGAAUGCUGGUAAAUAUUUGCCUAUCGCUCUGUAGGCCCAGCCCUUGCAGUCCCGAUAUCAUUAUCUGAUAUGUCGGAGCGAGAGGCAUUCAUUACGGGCAUUUAGAUCAGUGACAAUGUUACACGAGAGAAGACAUGUUGUGAGAAAAUCGACUUCAUUUCCAACUACUCUAACACAGACGAUAUUUCUGUCACGCUGCGGCAACCACUCAUUCCAGGCUGCACGACUAGCUGAUUUUAGCGUGGCAAAUGUGGUGGACUCUUACAGCCCCCCUCCCACUGGGUUAAAGGUUAAUCGGACAUCCAAACAGAGACCUGACCGACCGUUGUUGUGUUUCGGUUUCAAAAUUCCGAAAUGCAUUUGGAUAAAGACGCAAGAAUUGUUCUUAGGUCAGAGCGGCAUUGAGCCCCUUCAAAACCCCAAUGUUUUCCUCAGAAUUUAGUCGCUUGAUCUCAUCAAUUGGACGGUUAGCUCAGCCUUUUCGACGGCUUGUUCGUCAAUUACUUAUUCACGUAGGUUCCGUUACUGCUCCGCGAAUGUCGGAAUCUCCACAGAGCUGAGCAAGGACCGCUUUCUCUCGCAGGUAGUUGUCAUUUGAGCUGGUUUCAUGUUCAUUUGUCAAUUUCAUGUGUGCUGCAUGAAGUAAAGCUUCUUUCAAACUCGAGAGUAGACAGAUACUCGUCAAAUAUGUGCUAUAUUCAGUUCAAUGACAUGUCCAGGGUUUGCAGCUGACUAGAGCUGACACAGAUAAUAUCUCACAGUGACUCAUAGAUGUGAAAUUGUUUUAAAGGCCAGGAUACUGUCUUGAUGUUCGCUUUCACGGUUAAAACCUGUGGCCAUAAAAACAGUCUGGAAUAAAGUGUUGUCUGGCAUUUGAUGACACUUUCCGUGCGCGGGUGGUAAACACGCGUCUUAUGCCUCUUCAUGAUAGCUUGCAGCCACUUGCAGACUGGCGCACUUUCAAUUUUACGCACGUGUGAGAGUGUAAUGUCACCACAGUAAUGGAUUCUCUGUGGAUUAAUCUAAAGGCUUGUUUAUGUCUGUUUUCGUAGGGAUUUACCAUCUAAUAGUUUAAAAGUCCUUGUGGGGCUGAAUCCCUCGAGCCCUGUGGGUGGACCACUUAUUCAGUCACGCAGGGAACAUUCAACAAAGCAAGGCUUCACCUCGGCAAAAUUUUUUGACACUCAACUCCGUAGCCGUAUUUGUGAUGCACGCUCAUCUUAUCGACGUGCAUCACAAGCUUUCUUUCCCUUGUGGAAAACUGUACGCAGCUCCAAGUGUCUUGCAGCUUAAUGGCACGAUUCACUGAAGGAUGCAGAAUGCGCUCAGAGUCAAAAGGACAGUAAAGGUGAACCGAAGAAAAGAAAAGGUGAAAAGAAAUCUGUUUUUUUCUCUUUGCGUGAAACCUACAUUACGAUGGAACGUGUCCCUUUAACCUCACGCGUGAUUUUAAGACUACCGCCAAUUAGUCUGGGGCCCCGUGGGCGAGAAGACAAUAUCGCAUCGCCGAUUUCAAGAAAGGUCUGAAAGAAUCGGCAGCGGCUUUUGGUUGGGUUAAAGCCUCCCUCUGGGGCCUGUAUGACUGCAGUAAACGGAAAACAUUGCCGAAGCGGAACUGUCUGCCUUGCUUACGACUGAUAUGCAUUCCGGGUAAUUUGAGAUUCCACAACUUUCCCUGAUGAGAAAAUGUUAAACGUUUGAACGGAAACGGUCGGCAUGAAUACCGCGAAAUUGGAUGAGAUCCUUUGGCGCAUGGCGUCGGCCGCCAAUUCCGCACGGGUUAUCGUAUACCUGUGUCUGAAGUCCCACCAGAGAUGAAGAGAUCUGUGGAAAGUAAUACCCUAUAUCAAAUCCGGACACAUUUCUUUAUACUUCUCGCACUGCCAGCCAAAGUCGACCCGCGAGUCAAGCCAGAGUCGACACAAGGCCUACUGGGAGUUCGACCCAGAUCGAACAAAACCUAAUUCAUCUCCAACAACUUGGAACAAACCCAGUACCGUGUGUGCAGGCUGAACGUUGAUGUAGACUGAGGGUGAAAACACACUGCAGAUCAGUUUAACACUGAUGUAAACUGUCACUGUUGCGCCUCCCCUGCGUUUACAGCACAUAUUGCGUCCAGCCGCCAAAAGGGUAAAUUGUUUCUGUGUACCCGUCUUUAGGAUUGCAGUGGGUAUUUACGGAGUGAAAGUGCGGGAAGACAGGUGGAAAGUGGUGAGAUUGCUCGCUCUCAGUAAUUUUUGACGAUUUCUGAAAAUUUCUCUCCCAAGUUAGAAUUACUGAAAGAUUAAUUAGAGAUUAAUUGUCGGACAUAUUUGAGGCCUUUAGGAUUAAAAUGUAGCAUUAUAACGUUAUCCCCCUCCUUCUAGCGCUAAUUCGUUCGGAUGUAGGGCGCCGCUCUGAAAGGCUUCUCACCAUAGCAACUGCAAGCGGGUCGAUUCUUGCCGAUGAUGCCUUUUAACGGCCAUUAUCCGGCCAGUAGCUUGUGGAAGGAACACUCCCCCCCCUUCCGCCAGCCUUUUAAGUUUUAUAACCCGAAAUGGCAAACGGGGUUUUGUAAUUUUGCCCACUGGCGUGCCCGCCGCGUGUUCACCUGCUCCGGUCCGUGCUUCGCCACUCGCAAUUUCGCGGCCCGCUCCUUUCCUUGGAUUUCCAUUUCCUUAAGAAAAAAAAAACUCAUGAGCGGCCACAUUGUGUCAGUCGGUCGACCUAAACGUGAUGUGUCGGCUGGGCAGUGAAUAUUCUGCAAGGCUGUUCUAAUUAUCUGAAAUCAAAUCAAUUUCCCUGUUGCCCUGUUUCUCAACCUGCGACCUACAUUGCAGUGAGGUGUCGACUAUUUCAUGUAAUACUAUCGUGUCUGUCUCGUCCAUUGGUGCGUUUCUUGGCAGGCAUUCCGAGUUCCAGUGUGGGGAAAAGGAAAAUGUUAUUAACAGAGAAUCAAUCUGCGCCAGGUCGCACUUGACGACCACAUGAGUUCGAUCUUACAAUGAUGCGGACGUCAAUUUGUCCCCGACGCUUCCAACGGUUAGGCUGACUGUUAUUUACCUGCGGUGUUACCACAAUGCCAAGGCCGCUCAGCCUUAAUUUUAAGAGGAAGGAGGAUGGAAAUUUCUCCGUGGCAACAGAGUUGGAAAUUGCGCGCGUGACAAACAAUCUCUGUCGACUUUAAUGUACAGCCUUUACAUCCAAAGCACGGAUAAGAAAUUAAUCACGUUUUAUUUCGCAUUUCUCUUAGCAAACCAACUUUUACGAAAUAGAGCAUAUCGAAACCGAGGCUCACUGUGUUGAACUUCGUCGCGCGCGCCCGCCGAGUCGACACA